AUGGAGCCAGCAACCCUUCGGAGGCAUAUUCAACGCGGGACCUAUAACUUUGAGUCUGCAAAGGCUGUCUUUGACGACUGUUUUAUGGCCUAUGUAUCUUACGUCGACUAUGGUCUACCACAGUGCCUGCCCAUGAUUCCGUUGAUCAAGAAGGAAGAAGACGAGGAAGAUGAAGUUGACAAAAGCUUCUUAGGUGACUAA